CUCCUUCUGUGACACACUCGAACACACAUAAAGAUCUGAUGGGUCAAGAAGGGAAAAUAGUAUUUUAUCAACGCCUCUGCAAUUGAUUAAUCCAGUCUUUGAGCAUGGCAGACAACUCUGUAUGACAUCAUGUGAACAGAACAUAGACAGGACACUAGUAAAGCGCUGCUGGGAGAGGAUAUGCUCUAUUGUACAGCGGGCUUGAAAGGAAGGAGCGCGUGUGUGGCGCUGAUUAUUUUGGUAUCAGACUCGGAAGCAUGUGGAGAAGCAGGGACGCGUCUGAUUAGCAUGCCAUUGCGUUCUGGCGACUACAUGGGAUUAUUUCAGAAGACUUCGAUCCAGCCUUCAGCACAAAAGAUCAUCAGAAUGCCACCGGACACACCAUGGAUUUAAACAAUUAUGUAUACAUCCUGUCUUGGAGGGGUGAAGAAAUAAGGAAGUUAGCCAGGUGUCAUUGCCUGUAAAAUGCCUCUCCAGCAGAUCUCGGUUGUCCCUGUCAGGGAAACAGCCAGCAAUGGAAGAAGUGCAAGUCGAAACAAAGAAAAAAAGGAUUCUGAGAAUGAUAAAUCACCAGGACGCUCAGCUAGCCGAUCAAGUAAUAUUUCUAAGGCAAGCAGUCCGACGACAGGAACGGCGCCCAGAAGUCAGUCCCGGACGUCUGUCACCCCUUCCACUCAGGAUAUCUGCAGGCCUGCUGUUCUUCAGGCAGUACAGGAAGAUGACUCCGAGGUGGGCACACCUGUCGUGGUCUUAUCCCAUACAGGCAGGGAUGCCGAGAAGAGGGAGAUCAAACAACGGCCACCCAGAAAGCAGGAGCUCUGCCCAAACUGCGAACAUGCAAACGUGGCAAGGCAGCCCAAGGAAAAAGUUUUGAAGUCCCGUCGGGAGCAUCUCCGAGCACGGGGUACAAAUACCCACCAGGAUACAGAUUCCUCCUCGGAUGACAAACAGAAAAGCUGGAGCCAGGAGAGGGCCAAGCCUCCAAGAAAAGGUAGAAGAAGGUUUCUUGCCAACAAGGUGCAGGACAAAUCUCCUGUGCCCGCCAGGCUGCAGUUGGCUCCUCUAGGUGGCAUGGGAGGAGAGGAGCCACAGAGCAACAGCUCGACUGUGCCCACGCACUUACAGAAGCAGUCGUUAGGGAGCAGUCGAAGGAGGCUGUCAUCAUCUUUGCAGUCUUCUCUGGAGACGACGCUUGAGUCGGCCCAAAGGAACGGAAACCACGUGGCGAACAAUGCCUUGGUUAUGUACCCCGAGUCUUCCUCGUUACCCGACGAAGACAAAGCCACUUCAAAGCUUUGUGCAGAUGGUUUACCAGAUGCAUCCGCUCACAACAAGCCACUGAUUUUUAACCCUCAAAGGAAAGGCGACUUGUUACGCACUGAUGAUGGUGAGGAUGAGGAUGACGACGAUGAGGACUUGGAAGUCUGCCGGAUCUGUCACUGCGAAGGUGACGAUGAAAGUCCUCUCAUCACGCCGUGCCGCUGCACUGGGACCCUGCGCUUUGUCCACCAGGCAUGUCUACACCAGUGGAUCAAAAGCUCGGACACCCGCUGCUGUGAGCUCUGCAAAUAUGACUUUAUAAUGGAGACGAAACUCAAACCUCUACGCAAGUGGGAAAAACUACAGAUGACCACCAGUGAACGAAGAAAAAUCAUCUGCUCUGUUACCUUCCACGUGAUUGCCAUCACCUGCGUUGUAUGGUCCCUUUACGUGCUAAUAGAUCGAACGGCAGAAGAGAUCAAACAGGGGAAUGACAACGGCGUUCUGGAGUGGCCUUUUUGGACCAAGCUUGUCGUUGUAGCCAUUGGAUUUACAGGGGGGCUCGUCUUCAUGUACGUCCAGUGCAAAGUUUACGUUCAGCUGUGGAGGCGGCUCAAGGCAUACAACCGAGUGAUCUUUGUGCAAAACUGCCCAGACACGACCAAAAAGGCAGAAGAAAAGAUCCCUUCCAGCAAUCAGAGCAACAGCACCAGAGACUCUGUGGCAGUCCCGAUAUCACAGACAGAAACGAAUUGCCAUAGGCCAGGAGGCGGGGUGGUGCCUGAGGUGGCACCGGUCUGACAGGAGAAUCAUCUGGACAUUGGUUUUGGUUUCCUUUGUAUCAGCGACCAAUGAUUUUUUUUGUGGAAGAGUAUUUUUCACAAACACUACAGUUUGGAAGAGUGACUCUAAAACUUUGUUUCAAACGUGAACAUGAGAAGACUUUGUGAAAGGACGCCAGAGAAAGAUGGGCUGUGAUCCGUUUCCAGAGCAGAGCUCUUAUAAUUCAUCAAGGACAGUGUUAAUCGCUAUGAUUUAUUCCUUCACAAACAUAUUUGUCUUGUCUUAUUUGUACACUUCCAAAAGGCAGACACCUCUAGCUCUGUCGGUCACCCAAAAUGCAGCAUUUUCAGUAAUUUAAUUCCAUUUCUCUUUUCAUUUUCUAAGCCUUACAUCCUGGUGAAGGAUAUGGAGGUAUUAAACAAAGCAGGGAGGUACAAGCUCCUAGUUUCCACAGGAGAUUCCAAGGGGUUCCCAGAACAGUUGUGAAGUGAUAUCCUUCUAUCAAGUUCUGGUCCUUCCCGGUGGAUCCUACCCUUCAUUUUCCCAAAGGAUGGCACUAUAUUCUCCACCUCCACUGGGUCUCCAUCCAUUUCCUAACCUGCUUGUACAAUCCAAGGAGAUGGAGAGAUAUUGUCUUUGGAUACGUCAACCAAAAUAACCUAGAAAGAUGGGAUAUGGGAUGACACCAACGUACCUAGAGAUGUGGGGAGAAUCUGCCAGCUCCAUUAAGACAAUUGCAGGGCAUGGAAUUUGAGGUCUUUGGGAGCUGUGAGACACGGGAACAAUAUCGUAGCCAGCGAGGUUUAUCAGUGGUCGAUUGUGGGUAGUUGAAACUGUCAUGUGAAUUAAUUAUUUGCGACACCACGUGUUAUAAAUUAUAACAUAUCACUCUGAGACUCAUUUAACUCACGAAAUUCAGGAAAUUAGUGGGAGCCUGGGGCCUAUGCUGGCCGUAACAGACGCAAGGCAAGGACAAGCCCAGUCACAGCCACAAGGGUCCAAUUUAGAAUCACCAAAAGGUGUCAUGGACACGUGUCCUGGAUGUGUGAGGAAAAAGAGAGUAUGGUAGCUAGAAAAUUACCAUUUAUGAGGCAAACAUGUGAGUCAAAGUGCUACCAUUGUUAUGAAGUAUGCUCAAAAAAAAAACAUGUGUAAGUAACGUGCAAUCCUUCAUGACUGUGUUGGGCAACUGAAAAAUGAAUGAAGUGGAAUUUCACGAGUGUCGAGAGUUCUUAAAGAAAAGACGAACAUUGUUCACCCAACCAAACCUGUGUAUUUAUGCACAGUAUUAGAAGGCCCUUAUGAACACAACAGAAGUACACAUUCACUUACUGUAUAUUUUGUUCAUUACUGAUAACUGGUUACACUGGGUCACUCGUGCUUUGUCACAUGAAUCUUAUAGUAUUCUUCAUGCUGAAUUCAAAUAUCUAAUCACAUGUUCUGCAUCACACGAGCUUUUUAAAUGACACACAGUGGGUAGCAGAUGCCUCCACAACUCCCUUUAGAGCCCCCUUAUCAGACUUCCACAAAAUUUCACUUUUGCUUUGUCACAUGAAUCAAUGUAGGCGAGUCUAAAAGUAUUCUGCAUGCUGAAUUCAAAUAUCUAAUCAGAUGUUCUGCAUCAUGCAAGGAUUUUAAGUGACACGAAGGGGCAUAGCAGAUACCCCCAAGGCCCCCAUGAGGGUGCCAUCAGCAGGAAAUUAUCAAUGAUUUCUCAGAAUCCCAUUAGUGCAUUUUUUUAUGAGUAAUAGUUAUGAUUAGAGUUGAUGGGCGAAAUUUGCCAAAGCGUUUUUCACAGCAAAUAUUCCAGGUUUGCCGGUGAUCUUGUUUCCUAAAUAUUUUCUGGAAAAUUCGCUGUUUGGCCAGAGUGACACCAACCAUGCACAGACCUUUCAUGCUUGCCUACUGUAUGAAUGUUAGUGACUUGGCUGUCAUUGGGUCACAAGCAUAUGAGUAACAAAAAAAUAAAUACCAAUCCAGUUACAGAGAGCACUGAAACCCCCCUAUCUCCCCCCAAACUGCUUGACAUUGCCAUGUGAUAUUUUUCUUCGUCUCUAACUGUACUUGUUUCAUCAAGGGGAAACCCUGCUCAUCCACUUGUGGCCAUUUCAACAACCAUCUGCCCCCCCUGAACCAUCUCCCUUUCAAUUGCAGCAUGUGGGAGGUCAGUGAACUUAAAAGGAUACAAAAUGGCUUCCAAACUUGCAAAAUACUGCUGGAUUUCCAUCUUGGAUGCAUUUAAAAAACAAUAAACUUGACACAUUUUCAUUUGAGGGUUACAUUAGCUGACCAUAAUGUGAAUAUUAGGAGUACUGCCACCAGAUAUACAACUCUGAUUCUUGUGCGUUGGCAGCACAGCGCUGCAUGGCUAAUUAUGCAAGCAAAUUAGCCAUGUGUGCAGCUGCCAUCCCAAAGAAGUCUUAACCUGCUUAGUCCUGACCAGGAAUACGGGGGCCUGCUGGAGUCUAUCCCAGCUGGCAUAGGGCACAAGGUAGGAACAAACACUAGACAGGAUGCCAGUCGAUUGUAGGGCAAACACACACCAAACACAUACACAUUAAACACACAUUAGGGCCAAUUUAGUAUGUAGUGACAUCCCAAUCCAUCAUGGCUGAUACAAAGCAUCAUGGGGCUCUAGGAAAAAAAAAAUUUGUGACUAAGCCAGCCACACAGUGAAUUAUCAAAAAAAAAUAUUCAGUGAACACGGUCACCAAGGAAUGAAUGAAAAUAACGCUUUGAAAAUUUUUCACCGAUCAACCUUGUGACUUGAGUAAUUUACUAAAAGGAUACAUUUGGUAUUUUUCACAAACAUGGUAUGUAUGCCUUUGGCCUGCAAAGUUGUGUCCUGAAUUUUAGCAUUUUCUGUCAGUUUUAAAUAAUGCAUAGCCAGCCAGCUCCAGCAUUUUAUGAUGACCAUCAAUUGCACAUUGGGAUCCAACAGAAAAUAAAAUCAUAAAAUCUUACCGAAUGCGCCCAUUAUUCGAGUCAAGGUGGUUGUCGAGUAUUGAUCCACAUCUUGCGAUUACACACACAUCAUAGAACAGUUUAUACUGUACAUGUGUAAGACAAGAAAACAAACAAAGAAGGAACUCCUGCCCGUAUAUUGCAAUACAAGCAUUUCUUAAGCAAAGUAACUCCAGAGCCGUUUCUGGGUCAGUGUCCAAAACAGAACAGAGUGCUGAGGGAAGGUGGUUGGCUUUUAUAGGUGGAGGAGAGGAAGAGGCGGGUCCAUAAGGGGUCUAACCAGAAGUGAGGUCAGUAGGAGGGCGUGGUGAAGAAGGGAAUGCAGGAACUGGUCAUGGUUUAGGUGGGCUACUGUUCUCUGUAUAAGAGGGAGAAGAGACACUUUAUCAACCCCUGAUUUUGUAUCUUGCCCUUGGUUAAGCCCUUAGCCCACCUCCCAAGCACACGCAUGUGACAUGUGUUACUUCUGAAGAAAAAAAAAACUACCAAAAUUAUGACAGUCAGCCAUUCUAAAAGAAGGGCCACUGUGCGCGCUACCUCAGGGCUUGUCUUCUUCGUCAAUAACCAUUCAGGCCCUGGUGUGCAGUUUCCUCUCGAAAGACCAAUUCACAGUAAACUCUUUGUGCCACGUGGUUGGCUUUGUUUUAAUUUGCUUCCGUAUUUAUGUGAGAGCUCGCUUAAGCCAAUAGAAAACGCAUCCUUACAGUGAGAAAAAUAGGACCAGGAAUUUGAGAUUUGUGUGGCUCUUUGUCAUUUUCUAACCCACAUUAUCAUUAUUUGCUCAAAAGCUACGAGUGACAGAAAAUUUACGAAUACAUUUCUGAAAUCAGCAUGAAAAAGGAACCUUUGAAACACCCUUGCUCUGUGACAAGUGAUAUUAGUUCCUGGUGACACAAUGAUAAUAAUGAACCGAUGGAGGGUCCCGACAUUUCGGAUUUGUCUUUAGUUCACACCUCAGUGUGGCCUGGACUGACAAGUUCCCCUGAGGAGCUGUACGUCACCCCAAUUCCUAAAGGUCUCUCUUUGUGAUGGCACAUCACAGCCUUUCUAAAUGUUGAGGAGCACUCGGCUUGCCUCUCCCCGGACUCCAUUUCUUUGUUUCCAUGUGAGUGUAACAGCAGGGGAGUGCUGGUCUGAUCGUCCCACUUACGGUAAAGGUUAACUGCCGCUGCACACAUCAAUAAAUUCUUAGUCGUCCAUUGUACCACAGGGAGCGGCUGGAGUUUCAGAACGCUUUAGUGUAACAAUAAAGUUGAUGGGCACAAGUGGGCCAAUUCGGUUUUAGUGGUUUGAGAGCACACAUUAUUUUUUAUUAUUAUUACAUAUGUAGGCCUAAUUUUUUUUUACAGCCUCACCAGGUCAAACUGUUCUUUGACUUUCUUUCUUAACUCUUUACAGCAAAACAUGAAGGUGUGAAGUGAAGUUACAUGUAAAAAAGCAAAAAGGUGCAAUAAAGUGAAUGUGCAAGCAA